CCUGUGGUGCAAGUUGGGCCUUUUAACGAACGACACUCCGUUGUCCAUUUAAAUAUGUGGGAUUCGAACUUAGGUGCAUAGAAAAAUGGAAGUUUAAAACGAGCUCGGCAAGAAGAGCAGUCGGAACUUGAACCACUAUUGGUGAGACCGAGAGCUCAAUUGAGGUGAAGCCUCAGUUGUCGUUGGUGGUAGAGGAAAGGCUUUUAGUGGGCCAAUGAACGGUGAAUCUUAUGGGAUUAAAGAUUGAGAAAGCUUUUUCGACAUAUGGAGAUCUUAUUGAGUUAUGCAACAGUUAGAUUUUGUAUAAACUGGUAUUACUUAACGGUUGGUCCCGCUUUCUACACUACUUAUUUAUCUUCAUUUCAAACAUGACAUGGGUCCAUGACAAAUGCGAAAAGUAAGCUUCGUUGGCCGCUGGGGAGAGGGGAGGGGGAGCGAACGACAUACCGUUGAGAAUAUAACUACCAUACCUUUGACCCAACGACGUACGAGGAGGAGAAAACAACACGGAGACAAAACAGGUCAAGCCAAGCGGUUCGUUUCGACAAAGCGGACCAAGAUUUCGAAAGCGGGUGGUUUUGACAGUUUGAACUUCCAAACCCGACCCAAAGGAAGCUUCGGAUCUCAUAUUAUUCCGAUUCGCGAUUCUGUAUAAAGCACCAGCCGGCUCAGCCCUCAUAGGAAAUCUCGUUUAUUUUCUUCAGAAGUGCAAAUCCUGCCCGAAAGACUUUGGAGGAUAUCGAGGAAACGGGGAGAGUGGCGUAUGGCGUAAAUGGCCUCGGAGAGGGAAAGUUUCGACCUUUCAGGACCAUUGCACCUAACUUCCAUUGACUGGCAGAACACUCAGCAUCAAAGAUCUGUUGCUGCCUGUUUGGUUCAGGGUGUCUAUGUUCUUGAACGGGACCGCCAAGAGGAAAGAGAAGGGCCCCAAGCCCUCGCUCCUCCUUGGUGGGAGUUCUUCCAUUUUAAGCUGCUCCGUAAGCUUGUGGAUGAUGUUGGUUUCUCUAUCUUUGGUGCCUUAUACGAAUUUAAACCUCCACCGUCUCUUUGUAACCGUCCAUCGGAAGGAAGCCCUUGUUAUGUAAUUGCCUUCCGAGGCACCUUAACAAAGUAUGACUCAGUCUCACGAGAUCUUGAGUUGGAUGUUGAGGUGAUCCGAAAUGGACUUCACAGGACAUCUCGCUUCGAGAUUGCUAUGCAAGCUGUCCGAAAUAUGGUUGCUACAUCAGGUCCUUCAAAUGUUUGGUUAGCUGGCCACUCCCUGGGGUCAGCCAUGGCAAUGCUUGCUGGAAAAACUAUGGCUAGCUCUGGCAAUUAUCUCGAAUCUUUUCUCUUCAAUCCGCCAUUUGUGUCGGCCCCAAUAGAGAGGAUUCAGGAUACGAGAGUGAAGCAUGGGCUUCGGUUUGCAGGCAGUGUGAUUACUGCUGGACUCGCUCUUGCUAUGAAGGCUAAACAGCAGCAGCAGCAACAACAACAACAACAACAACAACAUAGAAGUAAACCAGAAGACGAACCAUUCACUACUAUGGCUGCAUGGCUCCCAGGUCUAUUUGUCAAUCCAGCUGAUGACAUAUGCUCUGAAUAUAUAGGGUAUUUCGAACAUAGGAAAAAGAUGGAGGACAUUGGAGCAGGAGCCAUUGAGCGGUUAGCAACCCAGAACUCUCUGGGGGGUCUACUAAUGCAAGCAAUGGGAAAGCAGGCAGCACCUGAGCCGCCAUUGCACCUCAUUCCUUCUGCAAAGCUGACUGUUAAUUUAACCCCUUCAAGGGAUCUGAAAGAAGCCCAUGGAAUUCAUCAGUGGUGGAGAGACGACCUGCAAUUGCUUUCUGAGGUCCACAGAUACAAAUAGCGUUUCGGUAUUAUGGUGAGCAGUAAAGCAUCAGCCUCCAAGCUUGUUUACAUCAACCAAUAGUUUGGAAAGAACACAGCAAAGAAAUGAGGAAGAAGAGCAAUUGGAGAUUGAAGAGUUCUCUAUACAAGGGGUAUCCUACAUUACUCAGAUGUGAAGCGGUUUACUGAACUUUUCAACAAUCGGAGUAAGUUGAAAUGAUACUGAUCUCAUAUAAGUUGUUUAUUCAUUUUCCUUAACUGCACCGUGACGGAUAUUGAUGGUUACUAAAAUGCCUUUGUUCUAGUGCAUCAUGGUAAACGUGAAAGUUUGCAUUCGUGAUUCGUUGUUCUAGAGUGAGUUAGUAUACCACUUCUCGAAAGGAUCCAAUUCCUCCGAAAUGAAGGGUACAAUUCUUUAUAUAGUAUGGACACAUAAGUACUUUGUAAUCGAAAGUGCAACUCCUAUUGGGACC